GAUGCAGCAAGCGGAUGUGAGAGGGAGGAAGGAGGGAGAGUGAAGGGGUUCAGGGUUGAGAGGGAAAGAGGAAGGAAGGCAGUGAAGUAGGAAGAGGAGAAGAAAGGGCGGAGAGGAGAAAGGAAGGAAGAACGAUACGAUGAAGGUGCAGGGAAAGGACGGGAAGGAAAUGAAGGGGAUGUACAGAUUAUCAUUCCCUCCUGUCCACGAGGAGACAGAUGAACAUCUUAUAUAUAAACAGAACUUGAGCAUUGUAGAUACGAUUCUUCAUUCAUGGUUCAUGUCUGUCUAUCUGUGAAAAAGAUUACAAGCCACCCGAUUGCUUACUGCAGGGAUUUUGAUUGUACUGCAGGGCUGUGAUGGAUAGUACGAGAAGGCUUCAGGAUUGUACAGGGUUCGGAACCCACCAAAAAUAAAUCACAUUCAAACAUC